AUGCGUGAUGCCUUUGGGGUGCGGGACUUGGUCGAAGAUACCAAGUUCACCGUCCGCGGUAAGAAUUACGGAUACCGCCUCUUUGACUCGGGUGAUAAUAUCAUCCCGCAUGAGGAGUCAGGCUCGCGGGUCAAGCGAGUAAUGGCUGGCAUGAGGUAUGAGCGUGGAGGUAAGGCAAAAUAUUGGAUUCCCAAACCGGGUGAAGUCAAUAGCCGCACGCCUCUAUUGGGCGGCGAACCCAGUGAGCGCGGCCCCAGGAGUGAACGGGCCAGUCAAGCCUCGAGAGAGAGAUUCCGAUCUUAUAGUGAAAUGGAUGAAACCGCAAUGGACGACGAGGACGAGCGACUAUUCCUCAAUGCUCGCGCACUGGAAUUUGGAGACUGGAAUUACCCGGUGAUUACCGCCAACGAAGUGCCAAGGGAUCAGCGGCUGCCACCGUCGCGGAGAAAUCAAGAUUCAAACCGAGGGGCAGAUGUCAAAAAGGCCCGUAGGCACAGGAAAAGUCGCGCGUCAGAUGGUGAGAGCAGGGAAAGUCCAAAACCAAAGUACAAUAAACUUGGCCCAAGCUCGGCGACUUCCGGUCCCUUGCAGCGAAACGUCAGCUCCGCCAGUUCCAGCGGUACACAGCGCAGCCAGCUGGUUGACCUUGUUGUGGAGAACACGGAGGCCGAGGAAGAAGAUCGAGCUCAAAUACAGAGAGAGUAUGGCACUGCCUGGGCAGAGCCCGAACCUCGACGAUUCUCGUAA